UCGAACCAAAGAUGGAUGAAGCUGCGGACGACAGUACAACUCAGCUCUGCUAUGCAGAAGAAACCGCCAUUAAAGAGAGAAGACUCCUUCUUGAAACGGUUUUCUACACGACAAAUACCGGAAACACAGGAAACUGUAGAAGAUACAGGUUCAGAAGGUGCAACAGGAGACAACAGAUCAACAAACAGGCAAAGACGACGCAAAGUGCGAGCGCCCCGUACUGUGGUCAACCCCGAUGAGAACUUUUACUUCUAUUGGCUGUGGCUGAUCACCCUCUGCAUCUUGUAUAAUCUGUGGACACUGAUAGUGAGACAAAGUUUUCCUGAGCUGCAGAUAAUGUGCCACUACUUCUGGUUAACGUGUGACGGGAUCAGUGACAUAGUCUUCGCCUUAGAUCUGGUCGUGCAACUCAGGACUGGUUAUUUGGAACAGGGGCUCAUGGUAUACGAUUCAAAGAAGCUUGCAAAGCACUACCUAGCAUCGCGGUCGUUUCUGCUCGACAUCGCAUCUCUUACCCCUCUUGACCUGUUGCAGCUGAAAAUUGGGACUAACCCUAUUAUACGGUUUCCUAGGUUUUUUAAGGUAUACAGAGCAGUAGACUGCUAUUACAUCGUGGAAUCCCGUACGGUGUACCCGAAUUUCUGGAGAGUGAUCAACCUCAUACACAUUCUGCUCAUCUUGGCGCAUUGGUUCGGAUGCUUCUACUUUCUUCUAUCUGAAGCUGAAGGAUUUCAGGGAGACUGGGUGUACCCUCACAGACCUGGGGACUACGCGACCCUGACGAGAAAAUAUCUCGGCUCGCUCUAUUGGUCCACCCUCACCCUGACCACCAUCGGUGAUCUCCCCACGCCCGAGACCAACGCCGAAUACGUCUUCACAAUAGUCAGCUACCUGAUCGGCGUGUUUAUCUUCGCAACUAUCGUUGGUCAGGUUGGGAAUGUGAUCACCAAUAGAAACGCUAACAGACUCGAGUUUGAACGCUUAUUGGAUGGCGCUAAGACCUAUAUGAGGCAUCAUAAGGUGCCCGGAGGUAUGAAACGUCGAGUACUUCGAUGGUACGACUACUCCUGGUCAAGAGGCAGGAUACAGGGAGGCGGCGAUAUCAAUACUGCUUUAGGAUUGUUGCCUGACAAGCUGAAGACUGAACUUGCUUUGCAUGUUAAUCUGAGUGUAUUAAAGAAGGUUACUAUAUUUCAAGAGUGUCAACCAGAGUUCCUCCACGAUCUGGUGUUAAAAAUGAAAGCAUACAUUUUCACGCCUGGCGACUCAAUAUGUAGAAAAGGUGAAGUAGCAAGAGAAAUGUUUAUUAUAGCAGAUGGUAUAUUAGAAGUUAUAUCAGAAAACGGCAGAGUGUUAACCACUAUGAAAGCUGGGGAUUUUUUUGGAGAAAUAGGCAUUUUAAAUCUGGAUGGACUUAACAAACGGACAGCUGACGUCAGAUCUGUGGGAUAUUCGGAACUAUUCUCCUUGUCCAGAGAAGACGUACUUGCAGCUAUGAAGGACUACCCAGAAGCUCAGGAUAUACUCCAAACUUUAGGCAGGAAAAGAUUACAAGAGGCUAAGAACAUGGCGAGGAAACACGCGAAAGAAAUAAGUCCAGAUAAAGCAGCAGGAGACGACAGUGCUCCGAAAAGGAUAGUACAUAAACUUCGAAGUGAUGUUAAGGGUAUUCGCAAUGCCAUCAGAAAUAAAUCUAGAGGAGGUCGAAGAUCUGGAGAAUCUCUGGAAUUACAUCAACUGGCUGGAGCUGAAAGGGCAGCUGCCGAAGGAAAAGUGUUAAGGCGAAUGCCCAGAGUCGAGAGCGAUGACUCGCAACACCAUAAUCUAGAAGACCACAAUGGAGAAACAACGUCAGGAAGCAAAGAUGGAGAAAAAUGCAUAUCUCCAAUAGGUGCUGGUUUACCUCUUCUAUCUCGCUUAAAGCUUCUUAAAGAAAAACAGGAUCGAGAGGAAAAAGUAGCAAAACAAAGACAUUCAACAUCGUCUGUUGUAUCUCCUCAACCUCAACCAAUACCAUCAACUAGUUCAGCACCAGAUGCAGAACCAGAAGUCAUCGGAGCUGGUCUUCCACUUCUCCAAAGACUCCUACUCCUUAAAGCCAAAGAGGAACGAGAAAAGAAUCAACUAACUGCAGCGAACAGUAAUCAACCGUCUAGCUCUGAAACUAUAAGCCCAAGCUCCGUCAAAAGCCCUCUAAGCCCAACAAUAAAAACCUUAAGUCCAAUUAGAAAAAGUUCAGAGUCGAGCUCUCCUGGUAAACUCCAAAGUCCUACAGCUAAAACAUCUAGGAAAAACUCAUCAGGCUCCAGUGACGGAGCAUCGCGACCUAAAGUUAGUUUUAGAGAUAAAAUUCUACAAGUACAAAGUGAUGGUACUGCUGUCAGUCAACCUUUAAGUAAAGAUGCCAAUGAGAAACCUGCAGCUGUUGUUGAACCUACGCCCAAAACAGAAAGUAAUCUCAUUUCUAUUCCACAUUCAGUCGUAAGCAAAAUCAAAUCUCCAGCGAAAGCGGUAGGCUCGACAUUUAGAGAUAAAUUGAAGUUACUACAAAGCGGUGGAAAAGAUACAGACAAUACAUGUGCAGAUAAAGCUAAAGUACCGAUUAUUGAUAAAAAUGCAGUAGAAACAACGCCCAUGCAUACCGAAAGCAAAGAAGAGGCGAUAAAUAAGAAACCUUGGUCAAAAUUAAAAAAAGCUGCUAUAUUAGGAGAAUCUAAAAGCCAAAGUAAGUCUAGUGUAGAUGAAAAAAGUGAAACUGAAGCUCCUCAUAAAGAGACAAAAGAAGAACGUAGUGCAGAACCUGCUGUAAAUAUAAGCGUUCCUGUUAUCACUACAGCGGAGCUUGUAAAAAUAGACAAUAAUAAUAUUGAAGUCGAUAGUGAUAACGUUAAGCAAGAUAAACCUAAGAUUUGCUUAACAGGCCCUUUGGAACCCGUCCAAGAGAAAUCUUUAGAUUUAUUAACUUUAUCUCCAAAGAAAAAUAAUAUUACAAAAGCUGAGAGUGGUAAAAUAGCCACAAGCACAGGUAUGUUGCAUCCAAGAUCAAAAAAAUAUAGGUCAAUAGACGAUUUGUCGCCCGAAUACGGUGGUUUACCAUUUGUAAAGAAAUUAAAAAUAUUGAAUGAAAGGCAAAAACUGGCAGAAUUAGAGCAAGUUGUAAAAUUUAGAAGCUCUAGUUUAGAUUGCACUAGUUCAUCUGAAGAUUUAUUAUGCGAUACGUUAACUAGAAGUCAUUCAGAAGGGAGCACUAUGGACAAACGGAAAUAUAAAAGAAAAUCAACAGAUUCUACUGAAAUGCCAUGCCAUGAGUCUAAUGAAACUUUAGAAAGAAGAACGCUUAAGUCAAUUUUGAAGAAAUUGUCUGAAGACACUACUCCAGCUGAAAGUCCAGAACGGAGCAGUGAACUCAGGAAGUUAAUUAGAGCGCCAACUUUAGAAGGGUACGCCGCGAGACAUUCCAAAUUUGCUAAAAGUGUAACAUUUCAUCGUCACACAUUGCCAUCACCCCCUGGCAGCACUCCAGCCGAGAUCAAAGGUGAGAUAGUAUUCCAAAUGCCCGAACCUGACAUAGAAUCGUUACCCCAAAUUUCUCCAGAAACUACUAUUGACACAGAACCAACAGAUACCAUAUGUCCUCAAAAUCAAAUAGCUAUAUCCACAAAUGACACUGUCGUCACAGCUCACGAUUACGGUUUAAACAUUAGAACCGAAUACGAAUUGCAACAAAAUAUGGAUCCUAUAUAUGACUUCAAAAGCUUAAGGCCUGAAGAAAUAAAAGUGCCGUCAGAAAAACCAAAGUUAACAUUGAUAUCUGCUGUUGCAAAUCAAAGAAAAUUGUUGCGAGGUUCAUUAGAAGAGCAAGAGUAUUUCGGAGAAGUGCUAUUAGGUAUCAAACAGGUUAUUCAAGGUCAUUUACAUGAUGUCCAAGGAAAAUUUCAAGAAAGGUUCAACAGCUUAGAAAAUGAAGUCCGAAAACGGGAUGAGAUAAUCAGUCAAUUGCAAAAACGAAUCCAAGAAUUAGAAAGGCUUGGACUAUCAGGUACCGAUUCUAGUAAGCCGCCGACUGAAGAUUUACCUGAAGCUACUGAAUUUGGUGAAGUAACCGGUGUUAGUCAAACAAUAUCGAAAAAUGGUAGCUCGGGAAGUGACGAUGCAUCUGGUACCGAGGAAGGGUUUAUGAGGGGUGAUUCACUUGACACCGUUUUUGCAACAUCACCUCCAACUGUAGGUGCUGAUGAAGAAGAUAUACACAAAUCUGAAACAAUUACUCAAGAAAAUAUAUCCCCUGAAGCUGAUCUAACUGACGAGAAAUUAACAGAAAUGACAGAAGGAAUCGAACUAUCAAAGCUUACAUAUACUGAGCUACAAAAUUUAGCAGAAUCUCUGUCUGGCAGAACGGACAUAACAUCGUCGAAUAAAGAAGAGUGGACGAUUAGUAAGUCAAAACGUUUAGACUUGAAUCUUGAUGGAAAAGCAGGAACGUAUUCGAGAAAACGAGCAGCAAAGUUAAGGCAGCGAAAGUCUUGGGAAGAUCAGAGUGAUAAAGAGAGUGUGGAGAUGCAAGAUUUGACAAGGCCUAUGUCACCACACACAACUUCCGAAGACCGCUCCCUCCUGAGUCCAGAGCAGUCAAGUCUCCGCACAAGCAGACGUGGAGUCCAUCCAUUCCACUUCUUCGGUACUCACUUGGACAACACCAAGUCGAAGAUCAAGAAGACGCUUUCUGUUGAUACUGGGAUGCACCAUACAGGACGAAAAGAUAGAGAUAGAAGGCUAAAAUCGCAACGUCAGCACCGCAAAUUCAGUUUGGGUUCGUUGUUCGGCUACCACCGAGGGGCGCCCCGAAAGCCAGCGCACAACUGCAAUGAAGUUGUCUUGGACAUUGGCAGCGAUUAUAGUUGGAGUGAUACGACAUCAACAUCGUCAAGUAGUGAUUCAGAGUCGCUACCCCGUACUCCGGUGUUUGAGGAAUUCGUCGAAAGCUCAUCAAGACGGGCACGAGCGAGUAGCAUGGGUCACGGAAGCGUGUCUCCUAUAAGAGCACUAUCAGGAAGCGGAGGAGACUGGGAGGUGAUGAUGCUAGCAGAUGAGCUGGAGAAAAGAGAGCGGGAAAAGGAAAGAGAAGAACGCAGACACCACUACCCUACUACUCUAAGAGAUUUAGAAGAGGAAUCUGAUACCCCGCAAAGAGAAGACAGUCCUGAUGAAUUUUCCAACAUCGAUGACUCCAACUCUUCGUCUACAACACACCUUUUAUCUCAAUCCAUAAGUGAUCCGUCUCAGAGGAGUCUGGAGACGUCCUUCACUGAGCCCAGCACUCGAUCAAGAACUAGUAGACAGUUCCGGGUCGGAUCUGUUGGAGAGCCGAUUCGACCAGAAGUAACACAAUCAAGGGGCUUGAUACUUCGAGCAGCCAGUCUAGACCGUGAAACACCGGCUCCAGCUACAUCCCGAACGAGACGAUUUGGAUCCUUGAAGAGUUCCAGCACAGAUUCCCACAAGAGACUCUGAUCCGGCGUGUAUCACGGAUCUCAAAGGUCCGACAUUAGACGCGAAAAACGCGCGUUAGCUCAAACUGAGAGAGAUAAUGAACGAAUGAAUGGAAAUGAAGGUGGAAUGAAUGAAGUGAACGGCGGAUCCAAUUUAAAUGGUGUUUGUGCGAACGACCGUUUUAAUUCAAAUAAUCGUAUUUCGAAUGGAAGUCAAACAAGAGGUGGCCUACAACUGGCUUAUGGUCAAUUAUUGAUGGUGAUCGUUUUCUUUUACGAGAACUUCGACUAUGUUAUUUUAUUAUUUCUAGAUUAGAUUUAAAAUUGUGUUGUGAUAUAAAUCGUCAUUUUUACUAUCGGAUGUCCAUUUUAUGUCUAUUGUUUAAGUAUUUAAUGUUAUAAUUAAUUCAAAAGAA